AUACUUGGGUGAAACAAGCACAGUCAUCACAGGCAGCAUAUCAUGUCAAAGAAAAAGAGUGCGAAGAGCUUGCUUCAACACUUAUGCAAAGACAAGUGGAGGUGGAAAACUAUAAGGAAGACAUGAAGCAGCUUGAGCUCUCCAACACUUCCUUGUCGAAGGAGAUCUCGCGCCACCAGGCCACCAUAAAGUUAUUACAGACAACCUUGGAACACAGAAAUGAUGAAGUGAAAGAGCUCAAAGCUCAUGUCGAUCGACUUUCAGCGGAGCUGGGUGCACUUGAUAGUGUGAACGCACUGUCAACGCGGAAUGCAGAUGCCAUUCUGAGCCAGUUAAGCUCUUCAAAUGUUAGGCUUCAAGAAGAGAGGAUUAAAAAGGAAGAACUUCAACAGGAGCUGCAUGAAGCACGCAAGGAGUGUGAACAGUUGCAAGCCCGGGUUCAGCAAAUGGAACAACAAUCAAAAGAGGCAGAAGAAAAAUGGAAAAAGACCAUGUGCCAGCUUGAGUCCGAGCACGGUCAGUCCAAGGAAAAAAUCAGUCAGCUCCUGACAACAUUGCAAGACUUGGAGGCCAGAGCCAAGGAAGCUGGGAGCGAAAAAGAGGAGCUUCAAAAUCAGCUGGAAGCAUUGGAAAAUAAGGACAGGAAUACAACACAGGAGAAGGAAGGAUUGCAAGCCGAGUUGCAGUGCUUAACCACAGAGUUGAAAAGCACCAAGGAGUCCUUGGAAGCAAAACUAUUUAUGCUUACGACAGAAAAUCAGGAGCUAUCUGCAGCUGUUGCAGCGAAGACAGAAGCUGAAACCCAGCUCGUCUCUGGGAACGAGACACUGAAAGAGAACCUUGAGGCGAAUGAAGCUGCAUUGAGCCAGAUGAAGGAACAAAUUGAGACACUUGAGAAGGACUACAAGGAGUGUCAGGAGAAGCUGCUGUCAGCAGAGAAGCAAGCAAAGGAUCUGAAGAGAGACUACCAAAGGCAGAUGCAAUCAAAGCAGCUUGAACUGCAGAAGCAUCUUCAAGAAAUUUCAAGGCGCAAUAAUCUCGCUAUGGCGGAGAUGCGGAAAGAAUUUGAGACAGAGGCAACAAGGAGUGUGGAUGAAGAGCGGAAAAAGGAUCAAGAUGCACUUGAGAGUGCCAAGAAGAACCUCCAGAACCAACUGGCAGAAGAGAAGGAGAAGUAUGGAGCCAGGAUCAAAUCCCUCCUCGAGAAAAACAAGUCACAGGUGUCGGAGCUUGAAGAGACCCAUCGUGCAUCAUUCGCCUCGUUUGUGAAAGAGACUGAAAUCAAGUUGCGGCUUAAAGAGGAAGAGUGCCUGGCUGCUAUUGAUAAGGUUGAGUCAAAGCUUCAAUCUACAGAGGAUUUGAUUACGAGACUAAAGCUCCAGCAGAGCGAAGAGAUGGCGACUGCAAGAGCGUUGAUGGAGCAACAACAUGCUGAGGCCAUUGCAUCAUUGACGGAAGAGCUGGAAGGGAGGAUUGAGUUGGCCAAGACAGAACGUGAGGAAGCCCUUGACAUUCAGUUGGAAGUAAUGACACGUGAAUCCACUGAGCUCAAAGACAAGUUGACAUCUAAGGAUCGAGAGUGCCAAGAGCUCCAGGAGGUACACAGGGUUGAUAUGGACAAGCUGAAGGAAAUCAAUGAGUUGCGACAGUCAGAGCUGCAAUCAAGGCUUCGAGGGAUGGAAAAGAAGUGCAAGCAGCAGCAGGAAAACCAUGAAGGCAUGCUGCGUAAUUUGCAUGACGAGCUGGAGCGGUGCUUGGCAGAGGCACAGGAGAAACUGGAGAAAGCUGAAAAGAAAUCCAUGCGACUUGAGGAGGAAAGCAGGGCCCGUGAAGCUCAACUCAAGGAGAGUUACGAGCAACAAAUUGAGGAGUUGCGACAGAGUGAGAUGAGAUUGGAAGAGGAAUGCGCAACAACAAGAGUUGAGGCGGAGGGUCAUAUCAGCAAACUUAAGAUGGAACACGAGAACAUGCUGAACAAGCUCAACAUGGAGCAUGAGGACAGUCUUAGAAAGACUCAAAUGGAGCACGAGAACGUCAUCAAGAAGAAAGAUCUGGAGCACGACAGCAUCCUUAAAUCUAUGAAGCUGGAUCAUGAGAACGCACUGAAAACUCAGCGUAUGGGCUUUGACAGUUCUUUGAGGAAGAGGAAGCUAGAACAAGAAUCCUCUUUUAAGUCACAACGUGACAGCUUGACAGAGGAAACGGCCAAGUCAGGGGAAGCCAAGGAAGCCAUGGAGGCUAAGGAUGUGGAAUCAGGCAAAAGUCAAGCUGCGCUGCAACUGGAAAAGAAGUUGCAAGGCUCCACUCCUGCGUCCAAUGGAGCAGCUGAAACACAGAAUCUUACUUCAUCGAAGACACUGAAGUCACGGAAAAAACUAUCGGGGAAGAAGUUGAGGCUCCAGCCAGCUAUAUCUACACAACAGCAGGAUUUCGCUUUGGACGCAAAAGCUGCUACUCCCAAACAGUUGGAUUUCGUCACCAAAGCUACAUCUACGUUUUCUAAGAAGAAGAAGCUGAAGCACAUGGAAGCCGACUACAAGCCUAAUGAUUCCAAGGUGGACUUCACUAAG